CCUUCACGCGCCGCUGAUUGGUCAAACGGGGAGAGGGGGCGUGGCCAGCAAAGAGCAGGAAGGAGUUCUCUUCCAAACUGGGGGAGAGGAGAGCUGGUUGGAAGGAAGGCAACGCGUUAUCUGCAGUGUUGUUACUAGGAACUAGUUACUUUUGGAAGAAGGUCCAGAUAGAACAAGCUUUCACUGCCAGAAGAUGUUGAACUGUAAUGCGUCGGCGAUCAAAGAAGAACCAGGAGAAAACCUUGAUGCGAUCAAAGAGGAACCAGGAGAAGACCUUGAUGCGAUCAAAGAAGAACCAGGAGAAGACCUUGAUGUCAUCCCGGCUGGGAGAAGCGAUGACGGACCCUGGGUCACUGCUGGGGAGAAGACCCCCUUGGAGGAGACUCUUGGUCACAAUGGACAGCCAGGGCCAUGCAAAAUACAACCAGCAGGAGAGGCCAAGGAGGCUGGCGUGGACACCAAGCCGGGACCACCCCUCCGAUGGGUGGUCAAGGAGGAGGGCAACGGAAACGCAAUGCUGCAUCCUCUUCCUCCCUCUUCCUCAGGCAAAGAUGGGGGCCUUAAUAAGCAUAAAAGAACCCACAAAGGGGAGAAACCGUAUAAAUGUGAGGAUUGUGGAAAGACCUUCACUGAGAAUUCAAGCCUUAAAGUACACAGAAGAAUCCAUACAGGAGAGAAACCAUAUAAAUGCUUGCAGUGCGGAAAGAGUUUCACUGUGAGAGGACACCUUACUGAGCAUACAAGAACCCACACAGGAGAGAAACCACAUAAAUGUGCGGAGUGUGGAAGGGGCUGCGCUACGAAAUGGAAACUUAAGGUGCACAAAAGAAUCCACACAGGAGAAAAACCGCAUAAAUGCUUGGAGUGUGGAAAGAGCUUCUCUGUGAGUGCAAGCCUUAAAGUGCACAGAAGAUUCCACACGGGAGAGAAACCAUAUAACUGUGUGGAAUGUGGAAAGAGCUUCAGUGGGAGGACGAAUUUUAUUAUGCAUGAAAAGACACACAUGCAAGAGAAACCAUAUAAAUGCCUGGAGUGCGGAAAGAGCUUCCAUGCGAAAGGGUACCUUGCUAAGCAUAAUAGAAUCCACACAGGAGAGAAACCAUACAAAUGUUUGGAGUGUGGAAUGUGCUUCAGUUUUAGAGCAAGCCUUAAUCUGCAUAAAAGAACCCACACUGGAGAGAAACCAUAUAAAUGCACAGAGUGUGGAAAGAGCUUCAGUAUGAGAGGGAACCUUACUGAGCAUACAAGAACUCACACAGGAGAGAAGCCAUAUAAAUGCCUGGUGUGUGGAAAGAGCUUCCAUGUUAAAGAGUACCUUACUAAGCAUAAUAGAACCCACACAGGAGAGAAACCGUACAAAUGUAUGGAGUGUGGAAGGUGCUUCAGUGUGAAAGAAAGCCUUAAUGUGCAUACAAGAACCCACACGGGAGAGAAACCAUAUAAAUGUGCGGAAUGUGGAAAGAGCUUCCGUGUGAGGGGGAGACUUACUGUGCAUGAAAGGAGCCACAUGAAAGAGAAACCAUAUAAAUGCCUGGAGUGUGGAAAGAGCUUCAGUGUGAGGAGGAAACUGACUGUGCAUGAAAAGAUCCACAUGAAAGAGAAACCAUACAAAUGCCUGGAGUGCGGAGAGAGCUUUUCACGGAAAGCAGGCCUUGGCUCCCACCAAAGAAUCCACCUGAGAAAACAAACCUAAAUGAACUUUGCCCAAAGACUUCCAGACACCAUAUGUAGUCUUGGAAUAAAGAAGGAUACUCUAUGUACACAGAAAUGUUUGUUAAAAACUCAACCCUGAAACCCUGAGUAGACUUAUUCAUUGAGCAAUGUGAGUACUGUAGCUUAACUCUUAUCAAAAUGGAACCAUUCCCCUUCUCUGAAGAGAUGGGUGAACGGCAUGAGAUUUGUCCAUCUCGGAAAAACCUUUUCUUGGCCAUGGCACUGCUUUUGGCUUUUUUGUAUGUCUUGAUGGGGAUAAUUUAAUCUGUUCAUAUUCAUAAUCGCCAUUUUUUUUUACCAGCCAAUCUUCAAUCAAAGGUGUUUCCUUACGUCUCCAAUUCCUAGCGUUUACUAUCCUUGCCGGAGUGACUAGGUAGUUGAAUAAAAUCUCCUUGUUUUUUUCUCUCUAGGUCUAGCAUUUCCAACAGAAAAUCCUUAGGUUCCAAUUUGAUAUUUCUUUCUAACAUUUUUUGGAUUUUUGCAUGGAUUUCUCUCCAGUACUUUUUAGCAGUUUCACAUGUCCACCAUGCUUGGAAGAAAAUACGUGUCUGCUUUUCACAUUUCCAGCAUUUAUCGGAUAGAUUUUAUAGCAUUUGGACAAUUUUUGUGGUGUGAUGUACAAUUGGUACAUCAUCUUGGACCAGUUUUCUUUUAGGUCAUAUGCGUAAGUGUAUUUAAUUUUAUAGUUCCAAUUUUUCUCCCACUCUUCCAAUUUUAUGUUUUGGCCCAUAUUCGCUGCCCAUUUAGUCAUGCAUUCUUUAAUUUGUUCUAUUUCUGUGCACCAUUCUAGCAGUUUCUUACAGAUUUUGGUGAUUAUUUUUUCCGUUGUCCUUAUUUUAACCCAAAAGGAAUCUUUUUCUGCAAAACCAACCUUUUUAUCUUUUAUUAAAGUAUUCAUUCAUCUUUCUAUGUUAAAUUAAAUUUAUCAGUCUAACAGAUGAGAAAAAAAGACGUGGAUUUGGCUUACUGGAGUUGAGACUAUAUUACGAAGCCUGUGGGCUAAUAUGGAUCAAGGACUUGACUAAUCUCAAUAGACCAAACAUAUUGACUAUAGAAGGGUUUGAACUGAAAUUGGGAUGACAUUUAUAUAUUUGGUAUGAGAAAAGAAAAAAGAAAAAAUCACAUUAUUAGAUCUUCACUGAUAAAAUAAUGGGAAAAAUAUAAAGAGAAAUUGUAUAUGAAAACACCAAUAUGGAUAUCCUCACUUGAGGCAAUCCAAAGAAGAGAAUUAGAGUGGCAAAAUUGGCCCAGUUAUAGGGAUAUACUUAUAAAAGUCAAAGGAGAAUACAGACUAAGAAAACAAGAAGAAAUAAAUCAAACAUUUAAAUAUG